UCUUGUCUGUGACUCGGUGUCGGUCUCGCGCCCCGGUGCCAUGGCGUCCGGAGAGGAGGACGGAGCGCUCGAGGAAAAGGAAACAAACAACAAAAAGCGGACGAAGAGCAUUAUUGCCACAGCAUGGCUCAUGUUCUACAAUAUCGCCAUGACGGCCGGGUGGCUAGUUCUGGCUGUUGCAAUGACUCGCUUCUAUCUCCAGAAAGGCACGCAUAAGGGCUUGUAUAGAAGUAUAGCACGGAUACUUAAGUUUUUCCAGACCUUUGCUCUUCUGGAGGUUGGGCACUGUGCAAUUGGAAUUGUACGGACAUCUGUGAUCGUAACUGGGGUCCAAGUAUCCUCUCGAAUAUUUAUGGUUUGGUUCAUCGCACAUAGUAUCAGACAGGUUCAGAAUCAAGAGAGUGUGAUCUUGUUUUUGCUGGUGUGGACAGUCACUGAGAUUACACGCUACUCCUUCUACACUUUCAGUUUGCUUAAUCAUCUGCCUUACUUCAUCAAAUGGGCCAGAUAUAAUAUGUUCAUCAUCAUGUAUCCUUUGGGUGUGAUCGGUGAACUGAUGACCAUAUACGCUGCUCUGCCAUACGUUCGGAAAGCGGGCAUGUACUCUUUAAGGCUCCCAAACAAAUACAACGUCUCCUUCGACUAUUACUACUUCCUCAUCAUUGUAAUGCUCUCCUACAUCCCAUUGUUUCCCCAGUUGUAUUUCCACAUGCUGCGUCAGAGGAGAAAGGUGCUUCAUGGGGAGGUGAUAGUAGAGAAGGACGAGUAGGAAAACAUACUGUAGCAUACCGUACCAACCACCACAGCAAUCAAUUUAUGCUCAGACCUGUAUAACAACAGAGAAGAUUGUAAUAGAUAAUAUAAGACAGGAAGAUCAGUAACCCAACAUACAAAUUGUAAACCAGUGGAAAUGCUCCAGUACCCAAUCUCUACUACAGCCACUCAUUCUACUGUUAUUAAGAACUGGAUGCUCUUCACUUGGAUGCAAAUACUCGCAGAAUUCCUGAACGCAUCCAAAUUAUGGUCAGUUUAAAGAAGUCACAAGAAGGUUCAUCACAACAAGAACUCUCACUGGAUUAAAUGACAUCUAUUCUGGAUUACAUCUUUAGAUCUCUCACAUCCUCUUCUGUAGUUUCUGGUGUUCUGCUCCCCUGUAGUGGAUUAAGUCUCAUUCUGGAUUAAAUCUUUAGUUUGGAUAUAAUUUCACCUUUCACCGGAUUCAACCUUAUUCGUAUUUGGAACGUAUGCAAAAAUGAAGAAAAGGUGAAGAAAGGGUGAAUUUGUAAAUUGCUAAUUACUCUGAAUGCCAUUUGAAAGUUUGGAAUUGGCACGUUUACUCAAGAAACACCAGGAAAGUAUUUUUAACUGCUACAAUAAUGUCAGGUUAAUGCAGAAAAAGUUUUAGAAAUUGACUUUACAUCGUUUCACUCGUGAGAAACAUUGUACAUUCAGGCAAUAAAUAAAUAAAUAAAUAAG